GAAGAAACAGAAGUUUUUUUCACCCAAAAGCGAACGGACACAUCACGACAUCGCGCAUCCACAACGUCAGUAACAGUUGUUUUGUUUGUUGUGUCUCCAUCCAUUCUACGGACUUAUCGAGCAGAAGAAAAACGCGAAUUUCAGCUUUCAUUGUUUGAAAAGUGAAGUGCAGAAAGGAAGCAAACCGAAAAUAUCUGACAUUUUUAUCAGCCGAAUCACGAUCGAAAAACAGUGUGCUGGGUGUGGGAAAAACAGCAACGACAGACGGGGGCUGGUUGACAUUUUUACGAUUUUUCCUUCAUUGUUCGUGUUGGUACGUGUACCCGUUCGGCAGGAAAAGAACUCGGAGCGUUGCCUGGUUGCGGAUGCAGCGGAAGAUCACUCAGCUGUCCGGCAGCAGGUAGAGAUAGACGAGUAGCGACCAGCAACAAUGGAGUACUACGCAAUUUACCUUCCCUACAAGGAACCGGAGCUGUCAAUCAAGAGCUUCUACAACGAUAAGGAGGAGGCACUGAAAGUGCUCAAAUCACACAAGGAAGCCCGGCUGAAGGCGUUCCGCACCAGCGAGGAGGCGGUCUAUUUCUAUCUUAAUGGGCCAUCGGAUCCAGUGGCAUCGACCGCACCCAAAUCUCCAACCAGCUCGGCGUCCAAGCUGAAGCUCGAAAAGACCCCCUUCAAAGCCCCGAAAAGUCAGGAGCUGGUGGCCUUCCGCAAGAACAUUGAAAAGAACGAACUGGACAUGGUACGGAACAUCGUUCAGCUGAAUCCGCGCUAUCUGGUCAGUUCCGGCGAUAUGCCAACCAUCCUGAAGGAGGGCCCCCGCUACAACGCUCUGCACGUGGGCGCCAUCGAGGGCAACACCGACAUGUGCAAGCUGAUACUGCAGACGAUCGAACAUCCCGGGUUCAUCGAGUUCCUGCAUGGUCAACGGAAUCCCUCGACCGACGAGGUCAGUGCCAUCCUGCUAGAUCUGUACCUGAACAUGCCGGACAAGUGCCGGAGCGAAACGCCACUGCACUUUGCCGCCAAGUUCGGUUCGGCUGGGGUGGUGGAAGUGUUGAUUUCCUACCCGCAGUGCAAAAUGACCCGGAACUCCGACGGGCAUCUGCCGAAGGACAUUAUUUGCAGCCGAGCCAAGAGUAAAAACGACACACCGGAAAUCCGCAAAGCCAUCGCCGAUCUCCUGCAGGAGCGGUUUUUUGUUCCGGUUCUGCGAGCCGUCGACAACAGUGCCCCUCCCGUGGUGGGAGAACCGUUUACCCUCUCGAACCCGCCGAAUCUGGAAUCGAAGGACCGAUUCAGUCCCAAGCUGGAAAUAAAAGCCUACGCUGGACCGAUGGACAAGGAGAAGGCACAGGUCUUCUGCAAACGUUGGAAGACACCGCCGAGGUUGAUUCCGUCGCCCAGGUUCAUAUCGCCGGUAAAAACCAUGAGUUCGAGCAAGAUUCCGGUGUCUACCGUGGGUGUGGUCAGUCCACUCUCAUCGACGCCGAUCGCGAAGAAGAACAGCGGCCGAAGGGCACUGUUUCCCAAUCGGCCCUUCGAUUUGUCCCUGGAGCAGGAAGAGCAUGAGAAAAGCAACUCCUUGAAUAACAACUGUGAAAUCGAAGUGGUCCAGGAAGAUGCGGACCAGGAAGCGUUGGAAGAGCAACGGCAGCUUGACGAAAUGAAUGGAAACAAACCAGUGCCCAAAAUUAUCGGUGGAAGUUUCGGCAUGCGAGCGAGUCCGGUGAAGAAGGGAAUAGACGGAUUCCUAUUUCGGAAGUACCGGGAAAGGUUGCAGAAUUCGUUCGCCACGAUAUACGAUGAUGACGAUGACGACGUGGAUAGCGGAAAAAAUGAUACCCGGGAAGAAUUAGCAGAGGUUGAGCGAUCCGUCGGCAACGGGGAAGGGAACUUCAGCUAUUUUUGCGAUGAAAACAAUUCAUUCUACGAGGGAACGAACAUUACGGAUUCGCCCUCGUUCAAGGAACGCAAACUGCGACUUACCGACACCGAGAAGGGAUUGGAGAUUAUCGGUCGGACCUUGGCCGAGGAUCACGAAGUCGGUUGGAACGAGUACUGGAGCUUCCUGGGUACGUUCAGCGAUCUUAGGAGCAACGACGGUUUGCAACAACUCGAAGACUAUCUCCGAAAACGUCAACUACAACUAGAUCUUACGGAACAAGAAGCGCUCCUGAAAACGUCCCGUCUCCCGGUGCCUGUGAACAAGCUACUGCCAUCACUCGAAAAACCAAACGACAGUCUCGGAUCGAUCUGUGACGCCUUGGACAAGAUGUCCCUGGCGGAUGCAGCCCUCCGAUCGUCGCCUCAAAUAACAGCCGUCACCUUCCGCAAGCGACUGGUUAUUCAACCGAGUGCCGCUCCUCCCAUAGUACUGGAACCGGAACCGAUCCGGUCCAGAAUCACCAACCCGUACCUGUGCCUGCACAACUCGCUGCAGGUGUUUGCCAAACGGUUCGUCAAGAAUCUGGACGAGAGCAGCUGUACCACCAUGACGAUGGAUUUCGGGUCGUUCUUCCAGCAAGCCGUGGUGGACUGCGUCCGGAAGCUGAACACCAUGGUCGACAACUACCGGAAGGAUGCCGCCUUCGGGUCGAUCGAAUUCAGCAAAGUGCAUUCGCGGUACGCUCAGCUGAUUGUGAUCAACAUCGAACAGCAGCGGGAGACGGCCCAAGGAGUGAUCCACCGUCUGAAAGUCCUGCUGGACAAGAGCCGGGAGCUGAACUCGGCCAGCAAGUAUCCGGAUCUGCAGGACAGUUUGAUUUGCCUGCAGAACUUUCUCGAUUUCUACAUCUUGAAGAAGGCGGAGCUGAUGAACGGUGGCUGCAGCCAGCCGGAUCAAGAGAGCAACGGAUCCCAAACGGAAAUCAGCUGCAGUCGAACGUGGCGCGAGGACCCAUUGGUACACUGCUGUAACUGCCGAAUCGACGGAGUGUACGCCAAGAAGGGUAGCCUGGAGAGGUUGAACAAGCGCCGGGAACAGCGGAAGAAGGCUGCCGCUGCUGCGGUGAUCCGUAGUAACAGCAGUCCGAUGGUGCCGGUCCUGAGUGGACUGGUUUCUAGUCUAGAGCGGACGGCGUCGGCGGGUAAUUUCGAUACGUACCGGAAUCCCACGACGAUGGCGUUUGGCGAGGUGUCCGAUGAGGAGGACGAGGAGUACUUUAGUUGCAGCGAUUCGGAGCUGGAAGUCGAUUCCGAUUCGGACGAUGCGAAUGUGUGCUUCGAGACGCCUCCGUCGAGUCCUUCAUUCUUCUCGCAGAAGUCGGACUUGUUCGAUUUUAGUUCGCUAUCGUCGGCGGAUGACGGGGUGGUUAGCGGUGACGAGAAGGAGGACCAAUUCCUGGACACCAACGGAGAUCUGGAUGAGGAAGAGAGUAGUGCAGGUAGCAGUGAUAGCAAGGAGGCGCAAUACAGGAUCUUCAUAGAAGAACAGGAGCCGAGCAAACAGGACGUGGAUGUGCUGAAUGUGAUCGAGAAGCGCGUGAUAGAUCAGGGCAAGUUUCCUCAUGUGCAUGAAUGGAGGAAAGCGAUGCUCAGAUUGUCUGUGGAGGAGAGGGACAGGUUAUCCUCCAAGACGCAGAAGUCACGUUGGCGUGCUGCAAUUCAGGGAGGUGUUUCGGUGGCAGAUCUCAGCAACAGUAUCCCCAUUGUCGGCGAGCAAUCGCCUCCAGGUAGUCCGGCUGGUUCCGUUUCCAAAGUGGUUCGGACAGGAAGUGCGGGCGACGCCGGUUCCGACAACCUAAUGUCUGCCUCUCUCAACGGACAACUCAGUUUGAUGAACGUGUCCGAUUACGCCGGGAAACUUCAUCAGCGAGUGGUUCCGGCACCGCCCUCGUAGUCGUUCCACGGUAGUGCAUCUUGGAAGGUUAGUUUUUCGUUCGAUUUUGUCGUUUAUUUUAGUCGAUUCGCCGCGCCGGAUCCUUUGUUUUAACCGUUAUUCAUUGUUUAAGUGAUUUUACAUUAUUUAAUCGGGCUACCGCAACGCGGAGCAUCAACAGACUAUUGUUUCUUUCCCCCAAAUGCUGGGUAGAAACUGUUAAACAAAACCGGAAACUUAUGAUUAGGCCACUUAAACUAGUGUAACACAAACCGGAAGAAGCCUGCCAAAUAACAAAAUCGCGUUCCGAGAACUGAAAAGUCAACUCACAAAACAAUUCCUCGUGAUCGUCAUCACCGCAAACAAGAAACUAACAAACAAAAAACGUGAACCAGUGUCUAUCGUAAGACUCGCCUUUUUUCCGUUUUACAUAUAACAUUAUCCUUAAUAUGAGCUAAGUAAUUAUGAACAUUAUUAAACAAAUCUAGCUAAAGAAUUACAAACAAUAGUCAAUUAGGUGUCGCCGUCG